CGCCGAGCGGAACGGCCUCUGGUGACAUUUUCUCCGGGCGGCUCGGGCGAGUGAAGGGACUUGGCGGUGGAGGCUGCGGAGGCGGCGAGAUUCGCUUUGGCCCCGGUGGGGCUCUGACCGCGACCCCCUGCUCGCCGCCGGGGCUUGUGCAGAGGAAGAGAAGGCGGCGGUGGCCGUGACGUUCAGAGUCGCCGCGGCCCGGAGAGACCUGGCCCGGAGGGGGUCGGUGUGUGCCCCGACGGGGCGCGCGGAGCGAGCGAGGAGGUGCGGGGCCGCCGCGGAGCGCAGGUUGCUUUCCCGUUGCAUCUUUGACAUAGUUUCCUAGACUCUGCUCCAUGAUUUAACUUGAAAGUCUGAAAUGAAGAUGGAGGAGGCAGUGGGAAAAGUUGAAGAACUCAUUGAGUCUGAAGUCCCACCAAAAACAUCUGAACAAGAGACAGCUAAGGAGGAAGAUGGAUCUGUAGAACUGGAAUCUCAAGUUCCGAAAGAUGGUGUGGUGGAUUCUACAGUUCUUUCUUCAAUGCCCUGCUUGUUGAUGGAACUGAGAAGGGACUCUUCUGAGUCUCAGUUGGCAUCCACGGAGAGUGACAAGCCGACAACUGGUCGAGUUUAUGAGAGUGACUCCUCUAACCACUGCAUGCUUUCCCCUUCCUCUAGUGGUCACCUGGCCGAUUCAGAUACACUGUCUUCUGCAGAGGAGAAUGAACCCUCCCAGGCAGAAACAGCGGUAGAAGGAGACCCUUCCGGAGUGUCUGGUGCCACAGUUGGGCGCAAGUCUCGCCGGUCCCGAUCUGAAAGUGAAACAUCCACCAUGGCUGCCAAGAAAAACCGGCAAUCCAGUGAUAAACAGAAUGGCCGAGUCACCAAGGUUAAAGGUCAUCGGAGCCAAAAGCACAAGGAGAGAAUCAGGCUACUGAGGCAGAAACGGGAGGCUGCUGCACGAAAGAAAUAUAACUUGUUGCAGGACAGUAGUACCAGUGAUAGUGACCUGACUUGUGACUCAAGCACGAGCUCAUCAGAUGAUGAUGAAGAAGUUUCAGGGAGCAGCAAGACAAUCACUGCAGAGAUACCAGAUGGACCUCCAGUUGUAGCUCAUUAUGAUAUGUCUGACACCAGCUCUGAGCCAGAAGUGGUAAAUGUGGACAAUUUAUUGGCGGCUGCAGUAGUUCAAGAGCACAGUAAUUCUGUAGGAGGCCAGGACACAGGAGCUACCUGGAGGACCAGCGGGCUUCUAGAGGAGCUGAAUGCAGAGGCAGGUCAUUUGGAUCCAGGAUUCCUAGCAAGUGACAAAACAUCUGCUGGCAAUGCACCACUCAACGAAGAAAUUAACAUUGCUUCUUCAGAUAGUGAAGUGGAGAUUGUGGGAGUUCAGGAACAUGCAAGGUGUGUUCAUCCUCGAGGAGGUGUGAUUCAGAGUGUUUCUUCAUGGAAGCACGGCUCUGGCACGCAGUAUGUUAGCACCCGGCAAACACAGUCAUGGACUGCUGUGACUCCCCAGCAGACUUGGGCGUCACCUGCAGAAGUUGUUGACCUUACAUUGGAUGAGGAUAGCAGACGUAAAUACCUACUGUAAUGCAAUGUCACUGUGUUUCCUCUGCACUGUUCCCUUCCACUUACUCCUCCUCCUCUUUGUGACAUGGAAGUUCAUUGUCAUAGCUUCAGCUUCAGAAGCUGUUUGUGGCAUUUGUAUAAUUGAAACUCAUGGAAAAUUGCCCCCUUCCCUUUUUUUUUUUUUUAAAUUAAAAGAAGUCACUUAGGAAGUAACUUAUCACAGAGAAAAGAAUUUCUUCUUUCCCUCAGUAGGAAUCUGAGAAUGAUGAAUUUUAUUAGACAACUUCAUUUUACUUGGUGACUUUCAAUCUUAGGAAACUGCCUUCCUUUUAGAAUGAUAUUUUAAUUACCAGGUGAAAUGGAUUUCAGUUUUUGAAUCUUGUAUUUAUUUUUCUGUGUAAUAAAAUUAAUAUGUAGACUUGACCACUGUCAGCCCACCCAUUGGCACUCCUACCUUAGGGCAUUUGCACACAUAUUAGUCAGUUCCUUUUUGGCACCUAGUAGGGCAUGUGCAUUGAAAACCUGUCCUUAAAAAUAGAAGACAGAAGUGUUACUUUUCUUUUAGCUUAAGUCUUCUGCCUUUUUUCCUGACUUUGCUCCUGGCUGAAUUCCCACAACACAGAUAAUUGACAUGACCCUUUGUGUUUAUAAAUACUGCUAAGGUGACUUAGUUGAUCUCCUUGUUGCAAUAAUUCAUAACUCUGGAAAAUAUCUCCUUGUGAGGCAGAGGCAUUUCAGAUAGAUACCCCACCAUGAGGUUUGGGCAUCUGAGGAGAGUAUUGAGAGAUCCCUUUUCUCCCCCUGGUUUGUUCAAAUAAUGGGAGAAACAUAGAACCUGUUACUUAGGUUGAAUAUGAAAAGUUGUGUGGCUUCUAAGGCUUUGGGAACUUGAAAAAUCUGAGAGGGCAGUGCCUUCUUCUGUAGCUGGUCUCUCUGUAAAGGAUGUAAUGACAACUGUUUGAUACUUGAGCUGAAGUUGACCUGUUGCUAUAUUUGGGUAUUUUUCUCUUCUACCUUCUAAAAGUGGAAAAUUCAAAAUACAUCAUAAGAAACCAGAUGCAAAACACAUUAAUGGCCCUGUAGGUUUUAUAGUAUCUAACAGGAAUAACAAAGGGUAGUAGGAGCAUCAGGGAAUUCAGGAAAUGCCGGUGUUGGAGUUUUGUGGCAUUAGUUACUACCUUUUUUACUAUAACAUUGUAGUUACUAGUGAAUUAUUUUACAAGCAAUACCUAGAAUUAGAACACUAUGUACUGUGCACAGGGAGGAGUGAAGUAAUGCUGGCUUAGAAGACCUCACUUUUUGUUUUUCCACAGUUUUUGUCUGCUUUUUUGUUUGCUUUUGUUUCCAUUUUUACCAUAUAAUGGGGCUCUAGCCCUUUGCCUCCCUUCCCAAAUGCCUUGGCGGCUCUUCCUUAUCAUACGAGCAUGAGAACGACCAUUUUCAGUUUCCACUCAGCGGACACACAUUUAUACCAAGUGCCUGUUCUGCCUAAGGCGCUGUGGUGGUGCUGUGGGGCUGCUGCGGAGAACAGGACACCCACCGCAUGUGCGUGCGUCCGGCUGCCUGGCUCCAGCUGCCUGGCCUUGUCUCCUGUGUGUGUAAAGACUCGCUUAUUUCUUUACCCUUCUUCCUGCUGCUUUAGUUCGUCCAUACACCUCUCCAUGGGAAUGUAUUUAAGCAUGUGUUCUUUCACCUUCUCUGAUAACAUCGCACUUGAUCUGGCCUCUGUUCUUCAUCAACUUUUUAUUUUCUUAUCAUUCUACUUUUAAUAGAUCAGGCUUUUAAAGAGAUCUUGAAUCUCCAGUUUUAGCACCUCAUGUCUCAAGUCUCUCACGUGGCCACAAUUCUAGACAAAAACCAAAGACCCAGAGGCCAGAGCGAAAUAGGACCUUCUGCACAUUCACUACUGGUGUAUCCUUGGACCUUCACAUUUUACUUUAGGAUUAAUUUAUUGAAUUUUACUGUUACACGUUGUUUUUGACUUGAAUUAAAAUGCUAGACAGAGCAGAAAUGUACAAUUUCUGGUCUAUAUUUUCCAGGAAAAUCAUUGGGGAAAGAAUAGAGUGGAUUCUAUGACUUGAAGUUUUUGCAGCUUAUUUUCCCCCCACUAUCAGGGCAGAGCCCCACUUUAAAGAACAUUUUUGCAUUACCUGUUCUUACGUUAGCAGUAUGUUUUGUCCAAUUCCGUAUAGCAGGGGAUUUCCCAGGGCAUAUUUUCUUUAGUCCCUAACAGUCAUCCUCUAACGAGAAUUCUCUGGGUGUGCUGUGUGCACUGUGGGUUGGGAGUGGAGAGCGGAGUUGUAACCAAGCUCUUUUCUGGCCUUUUGCUUUUAUAUUGGGUUACACUUUGCCCUCACCUGUCCCUUUUCCAGCACCCUAUCUGGCUUGAUGCACCAGAACAAAAAUUAAUAUGCAAAAAGCGGGGAGGGGAAGGGAUGGUAGAGAUAGCUUUUCUCCCUACUAGGUUGGGACUUUUCCACCUACUAACUAUAAGAGAGACUAUGUUUCAGCUCUUCUUUCACUGCCAGAUCCAGGAGAGUAGGGAUGUGGUUUCUGGCAAGGUAUUAAUGAUAAAAUUUUGUGGUAACAGUGAGAGGCCCACGUACCACAAAAAAAAAAAAAAAAAAAUUGUGGUAAAUUUAAAAUUCUGACAUUUAAAAUUUCUUUUAAGGGGGUCUUUUUUAACCAAAGUUUUGCAUUUGGUAGCAUAGACACUUUAUGCUUCACCGUCUCUUCAAAGUAAUAUCUCCACUAAAAUGGUACACUUGGGUCGCAGAUUGGUUUUUGGCACUAACUUGGUUAAGUGCCCCCCUUCCCCCAAUUGGAAACCACAGAGCGGUAACUCAGCUAUUGCAUCAGUACAGCAAUAUUGAUACGUAGCUAUUGCUCACCAGUAGUUGUCUCUUCAUUUUGAUGGAAGGGGCCGGACUGAAUGGACUCCAUUAUUCGUAACAAUUGAGCAUCCCAUAAAUUCUGCUUUUAUUAUUAUCAAUUGUGAAUAUGAACCAUCUGAUUUGCUAAUUUAGUCAAUUGUUCAUUGUUACUUUUAGCAGAUUAGCACCAUAGGCAAUUUAAAAAUGAAUUUGUUGCCUGCUUUUUAUACUGUGUCACAAGGUUUUUGAAAAAGCUGGGGACACAGUAUUGUCUUUCAGUUUAAAGGUUUUUUUUUUUAAA